AUGGCUUUGCAUAUGACAAAGACCCAACUUGCUUUGGCUGAUGCUGGCGUACUGACUGCUGGAGUACAGCAGCCUCGGACUGAGGCAAAGGUGAUUCCCAUAGCAUUGUCUGCCCCGAUCCCUGGUCUUCAAGACGAUGAAUCGUUUUUGUUCAUCCUGAAUCAAGCCAUGCUCUUUGAUUUGACAGCCAGCACUGAUGACAUUCGAUCUUCCCACCAUGUGGCAGCAACGGCGAUUCUCUUCAACAUGGCUCUCUCUCUUCACCAUUCUGGUGUUAGGCAUCACAAUGCUGGGAACAUUGAGAAAGCAUGCUAUCUUUACGAUAUGUGUGCAUCAAAGUUGGCCCCUGGAAUUCUCUCCCAAGUUGAACAGCAUGCUGCUGUCGGGUUGCUGGUGACAAUGGGAAGCCUCAGCAACCAAGCUCAGAUUCAGUACAUGUACCAAGUCAGGGGAUCACAUGAGGCUGCAACAAGCUUGGUAAUUCAAAUGCAUGAGCUAAUGAUGUCCACCUCGGUUUCAUUCGACAGCACUAUCUGGGCAUCUGAGCAGCUUUGUGAGAUGAUGCUGAACGCUCACAUGCUUUUGGCCGUCAAAGAUAUGCCAGCAGCGGCAGCCUAA